UGAGAGUGUUUAUCCGUCAAAAACCACGACGCCUUCUCCAACAUUUGCGAACAUCAUGAUUGAAGAUAACCAAAACAAGAUUUUUUUUAAUGAAGGUCCAGCGGAAGCUCUUGCAACUCCCGCCUCCCGGUCCCUUAUCAACGCCGACCCUGCUAGUAUUGUCGAAGCGCACCACCCUACUGCAGGCGAAGACACCGCUACAGAAUCCGAAGCAAGAGAGGCCUACUUCAAUAAAGUUCUCGCGAAUCUCGAGGGGUUUUCACUCGAUUAUUUG